CCUGUGCAGCCGACGCGCUUCUCGUCUCCAGAACCUCGACUCCACAAGCAUGUCCUCAGACAUGCAGUCACGGUGGCAUGAAGCGACCCAAAAGACGCCAUCGGGACAGCAUAUGCGCGGUGGCCAUGGCUAUUAACCAUGCGGCUGGAGCCAGAUACGCCCAUCGUUUCCGUCUGUCAGAGAAAAGUCUCUAUGGUGCUACUCGCAGCCCAGGCCCUCUGAAUAUGCCAGCGAAGCACAAGAAAAUCCUGCGGACUGCUUAAUGCUCUCUUGCCCUGCCAGAUGCAAAGGCACCGACUGCAGUUGUUCUAAAACUUUCAGGUUCCAACCGAGUUGUACGUGGCAACAAAGAAACCAAAUGCCAUGGAUGUCUUUAAUUUUACAUCCUGGAAUGCCUCUGAAGGCAAUGAGACAGAAGUCGUGGAAGAGAGAGACAGUCCUUACAAGACCGUGGAGGUAGUGUUCAUCGUGCUGGUGGCUGGUUCCCUGAGUUUGGUCACCAUUAUCGGCAAUAUCCUGGUCAUGCUUUCCAUCAAAGUGAACAGGAACCUACAAACUGUCAACAACUAUUUUUUAUUUAGCCUUGCAUGUGCUGACCUAAUUAUUGGACUGUGCUCUAUGAACUUGUACACAGUAUAUAUAGUAAUAGGCUACUGGCCCCUGGGGCCAGUCGUGUGCGACUUGUGGUUGGCUUUGGACUAUGUUGUCAGUAAUGCGUCUGUCAUGAAUCUCCUCAUAAUAAGCUUUGACAGAUACUUCUGUGUCACCAAGCCCCUGAGCUACCCUGUAAAGAGAACCACCAAAAUGGCAGGAAUGAUGAUUGCUGCUGCCUGGGUCCUUUCUUUCAUCCUUUGGGCACCUGCUAUCCUCUUCUGGCAGUUCAUUGUUGGUGGGCGGACUGUGCCUGAGAAAGAGUGCUACAUUCAGUUCUUUUCCAAUGCCGCUGUUACUUUUGGAACUGCCAUUGCUGCCUUUUACCUGCCUGUCAUUAUCAUGAUUCAGCUGUACUGGCAAAUUUCGCGAGCAAGCAAAAGUCGAGUGAAGAAGGACAACCGCAAGCCAUCAGGAUCAAACCCAGAACCUUUGAUACCGGGCCAGAGGAGAGAGAGCACUCCCAAACCCAACAAUAACAAUGUUCCUGGGGAAGACGGAGCGCAUUCCCAGAACCAGAGUGCAGAUGAUGGAGCCAACCAGCAUGAUGGAAAGCUGCAGAAUGGAAAAGGCCCUUCAUCAUCUACUGCCGACGUAGAAACAGAAGGUGACAGUGUUGCAAAGGAGAACUGUGCUCCUGCAGAAGAGAAGGAAAGCUCAAAUGACUCCACAUCCGGCAGUGUGGCAGCUUCCAAUCAGAAGGAUGAAGAACAAGUCGCCUCUGCAGCAAACUCCAGUGCUGAGGCUACGCAGCAGCUUCCACGGCAACGAGCCAAGGCUGGGGGCUCCAAACUGACCUGCAUCAAGAUCAAGACCAAGUCCCCAAAGGGUGACUACUACACACCAUCAAAUGCCACAGUCGAGAUUGUGCCAAGCACAGAACGUCAGAACCACGUGGCGAGGAAGAUCGUGAAGAUGACGAAGCAACCACCAAACAAGAAGAAGAAAGGAGCCCCGUCGCGGGAGAAAAAAGUCACCCGCACGAUAAUGGCCAUUCUGGUGGCUUUUGUAGCUACCUGGACCCCGUAUAACGUGAUGGUGCUCAUUAAUACUUUUUGUUCCAGUUGCAUUCCCAACACUGUUUGGACUAUUGGUUACUGGCUGUGCUACAUCAACAGCACCAUCAAUCCAGCCUGCUAUGCUCUGUGUAAUGUCACAUUCAAAAAGACCUUCAAACAUCUCCUCCUCUGCCAAUACAGAAACAUUAGAUCAGCCAGAUAAAUAUAAGCCCCCACUGGAGGAAGCACUGCGGUGUGUAAAUGUUGUACGUAAGGGUGUUGUGUGUUAUCCAUGCAUACAUGUUUAUGUGAAAAAUGAGACAAGAACAUUUCAAAAUCACUUUCUACCAUUUCAUCAUUCGUUUUCCAAUUUCCCUCAAUGAGCUGUUGUAGCACUUUACUCUUAUUCAGCUGAAUUCAGUUGCUGUCACUUGUAUUGUGCAGGAGCAAUGUAUAAAACGAGGGUUGUGAAAACAUAUUCAGAUUUGAAACCUUGAAAAAAAGAUCAGCUAACAUAAGGAGUGUAACAGAGAAGGAUGCUGAGCUGAUUGAGAAAAAAGCCGGUUAAAAAGCAGAAGACGACCUGUUCUGUAUGGAAAACGCUUCAAAAUGGGAAAAUAGGGCUGACUGAAUUUUCAAACCUUUCAUGUUUGAAAUUCAGUAAAGAUAUUUGUAGAUAUCUGUAUAUAAAUAUUCUAUUUGUGUGUACACAUGUGGGUGUGUGCUAGCUUAAUGUCUGUGUUCACACCCACUUGUGCUUUUUCGCUUGCAUUCUUUCGAUGUGUGAUCAGCUCUUCCUACCAGCAAUAUAUAGAAAACUGAGUGUUUCGUUUAGGUUUUCACUGACAGGUUCUCAUCCUGAUUGGUAGACAUUCAAUUUAACAAAAAGCCUCAGUAAGAAUCAAUAGACAAAUCUUCAGAAAAUAUUAAUGCAAUAAAGUUUUACUUGUCAAAUUUGCACACAAAACUGAAGAUAUUGCUUCAAAUAGCUUUUGCAAUUUCAGAAUAGUUGAAAAGAAGUUAUUUCACUUCAACAUUUAAUCAAUAUCAUUCACAUAUGUGGAGUUUUUGGAAGAUUAUUAUACAAAGUUUCUACUAAGUCUCCAAACUUUAAUCUAAUUUCUUUUAUUAAAAUGACACUAAGCAUUUUGCCAGGUUACAGAGACAUCUUGAAAAUUGUGGGUGGUACAAAAGCAUCAAAUUUUAAGGUUUUAAAACAACUUUCUGACGAUGGUUCAAGAAAUCAACAUUAGCGAUGCAGCAGGAAAUUAACCAGUGACUGAAAUUUGAAAAUAUUUUUAUUUGACCCCUGUUCAAAUUCCAUCCCUGUUGCAAGGAGCCCACCAUCUUACAGAUGCUGUAAUGCAGCAAAAUCACAUGGCUAGAUGACCUUCUUAGCAUGAUAUCAAGUUCUGUAUUGGCCCAGUAAUGACCCAAUUGGUUCAAUCACAAGUUGAAGUAGGAAAACAUCUAAAAGAUGCAACACUGCUGGAGCUAAGUGACUGAAAAUGGCCAAUCUAACCUAAAGGUUAUCUGGGAUGUCAUCUCUAAAUGGGCACAGCAUGCACACCUGUAAAAUAUGCCAUUUGUAAAAUGAAGUCCUGAAUUUCUGUAUCCUUCUGAAAAUGUGUGAACUGUGGAUAAAAACAUGUGAAGUCCUUAUUUGCAUGACUCAACCAAAUCUCACAAUUUGGACCUAUCAAAUGAAGUAUAGUGAGGAUUAUAGUAAGAGGUUUUGAUUAUGUUGCCGCCUCAUCAUAUUUCCUGCAAAGAAUCUAGAUAAUGCAACUUGUCAUGUACCAUUAAAGUGAAAGUCAAAGUGAAUAAAUUAAGAGAUAUUGACCAGACAACUGAAGAGGAAAAAAAUAAUAUUUAUAUAUGGCAUGAAAUCGUUCAGUCACACUUUUUCAUUUGCCGCAGUCCUCGUCACUUUAGCUUUUACUGCUGACAGGAUGUCAGGUGUUGAUUUUUAUGGCAGCUAUUAAGAUAUUUAUGUUUGCUGUCAGGUUGCUAAGAACUCAGUGAGUCAAACAGGAGGUAGGAGCUCAGAGCUGUCCUGCAUUAGGGUCUGUGGGAGGGCAUUUUGUGGUGUGUGAUGUGUGUGAGCGUGCAGAGGAGUGGAUAACUUUAUUUGAUCUUUCUGAUUCAUUGAUGGACGUCGCAGCAUCUAUUGCAAGGAUGAAAUUCGUGAACUUAUGGGUGCGUGUGGGUAAACCUGAAAACCUGUAUGCUUGCGUGCUCCAAGUGUGGAGUUUACUUCUGAUCACAGGUCUGAGCCUCGUGAUUUCAAAAAGGGCUAUUUUUAUGUCUCCAUGCGCUUGUUGUGACUCCUCUCCAUUUGAUCUCGUAAUUGAUUCCGAGUCAUCGUAGUUAAAUUAAAAGUGAUAAGUUGCUGUGCUUACUUUAGCGCCAGAAGAAAUGAGAAAAUAUCAAUUUACCAAGAGGCAUGUUCCGUGUUUUCAUGCAUGUCAUCCAUCAUUUCAGCCUAUUAGACCAUUCUCAGUUACAGUAAUGCGGCUUGCUCGUUGGAGUGAUGAAUAUGCAGCAGCAUUUGCCAUCAGGAGGUUGCCACAGUGGCUGGUAGGGGGGCUUUGCUGAGAUUUACGCCUGCACCGGAGAGCUCCUUGAGGCUGUCGGCUUUAAAGAGAGAUCUGGGACAGAUCCUGUAAUGAAAACUCACCAUGAGGCUGAUCAGAUUACGGGCCGAUGUGGAACACCUACAUUUUAGAUUAAAGGCUGCCCAUUACACGCUCAGCUUGUGGUUGCAUGCUACAAUCCGGUGCCCCACUUAUAGGAUGGUUCUUCUCAGUCAUUAUCUUUGUAUGGUCUCUAAUUUUCAUAAGGUCACGAGUGUAACAUAAAUAUUACAUGUACAAUUGUGUUGAGCAUCCUGUUAGUUGUUAGUGCUUUGGCUCUGAAGUCCCUCUCCCAGCUAGAUAACGCUAUAAGUACUAUUUCUAGAGUAAGUGUUUAGUCUGAGCUUUUCAUUGAGGAUCAGUCCAUUUGUCUUUUCAAGUCAACUCCAGCAUAUUGCAUAGUAUGAUAAAUAUUACCAUUUAGUUUUUGGUACUUCUGUCACAUUACAACCGCAAACUGUUGCUUAAGAGGAGAAUGCAUGUUUUGAACAUCAAGAGAAAUUGUUACUCAUUGUUCUAUGAAAAAUAGAACAAAAUAAAACAACAUAAUCAGACUGAAUGGAGAACAAGAUGGAGAACUUUGAUUUCCAAGUCUUGCUUCAGAUUCUCAGUUAGAUUUUGCUCUGGUCUUGACUCGACCACUCAAACACAUGAACAUGCUUUGAUCCAACCCACAUUUAGGGUUGUUGUGCUGCUGAAAGGAGAAUCUCUGAUUCAGCGGCUAGUUGGUUGGAAUAGGUUUGCUCUGUAUUUAGCUCCGUUCACCUUCCUGUCAACUCUAACUAUCUUAAACUUCUCUGCUUGGCCUUAUCUAACUGGAGCACCUUCCUCCAUAUUUGUUGUGUCCCCUGCAUGACAUAUGGCACACUGUAAAUAGACACUUGUUAUGAUGUUCUUAUAACAGGCCAGAUGAGUGAAGUGUAGGUAAAGUUGUGCUGUAAAUCGAUUUCCUCGCUGCUGCAGCUCCUCGUGAAAAACCACUGGGCUUUUGACUGUAUACAUUUUUUUUUCUACCAAUUGAGUGAACUCUAAAACUAAUUUUAUUCCGGUGUAUCAGAAUAAUUGCAUUAUUUAUUAGACAAAAAUUCACAACCAUGUACAUUUGUUCAAAUAAAUAAAUAGAAAUUUGUGGUUGUAAUCUGACAAAAUGUGAGAAAUGAUACAUAAAGUCAUGUAAGAGAAUGAGGAUUAGUUUAGAUUUAUGCAUCAAGAUGAAUGAAAGGGAAAUUAUUUUUUCUUUUUUGUUCAGAUUUUAUAUUUCUGUUCCCCUCCACAGUUUCAAAAACAUCCAUCUUGACAAAUUACACACAAGUAUGUUGCCAAUCUUACUGAUAUUGGGAAGAAGAUGGCUUGAUUUUAACUGAGUAUAACUGAGUUACUUCCUCCUUGGAAAACAUAGAAUGGAGCAACGGGGCUAGACUAUUAAUUACUGACUGAGAAAGUGAAUCAUUAGUUUCAAAACCAUGAUUAUUGGUUAUUCAAAUAAAUGGAUGGAAGAUGUUAAAUAAGUUCCCUUGUGAAUUUACAUCCUUCACAUGGAGGAGUGGAGCUCUGUCUGUCAUCUGUCACACAUCCAAAUAGAGACUAAAAAGCUUUCCGAAAACAUUCGAUUAAUCUCAGCCUUGCUGUUGCUUGACAGAUACCAGCAGGAGAGUAAGUGGUGGUCCGAGGGUUUCGGUCUGAGGGGCGCGUGAUGAAAAGUGAUGGCAUUUUAUCACUUCCUGCGGCGGUGUAAGGGGGGCAAGUUGCAUCAGCAAAACAGCAAUGCUCACAGCGGGGAUCGACACACUUGUAAACUAUUUUGUCCACUUUGUGGUGAAGGUGAAAACAAAGAGGUCUCGUGUCGAACUGACUUUGAAAGAUGUGCUCUGAUGGCAAAACAUGAGAGCAGGGGUUUGGCUGCCAUGCAUGCAAACUGUAUAAAACAUUUUGUUGUACUGUAAGUACGAACGAAUAUAUUUAAUUACUGUUUGGGGGCCAACAUACACAAUGUGGUGCUUAGCUGAAUUGGAAAACAUGGCGGUUUGUUUGGGGUUUUGCUUUUUAUAGAAGGCAAAUGUCCAAACAGGUUUUGGACAAAAUAAAACAAACAAACAAACAAAAAAAAACAUUCUUGCUGUGUUGUGGACCCUUGAAUCAGAGUUCAAUUUGCAAAUUCACCAAUUUGCAGAUUUGUCUGUGGAAUUCUAAAUUAACUGUGGAUCUUUUCAUAGAACAUUUCCAAAACGAUCAAGACAAAAGCCAAAUUUAGGCGCAACUGACAUUUGCAAAGCAGCCAAUCCAGAAGAGGCAGUUAUUUUCCUUGGUGCAGAUUGGCUGCAACAAUUCACACACAAGCAGGUGACUUCUGAAUUAAUUGGGUUAGAUUGUUGUUCCGAGAUAGUUGAAAAAUAGAUGUGUUGCUUACAAUUUCAGAAAUUUUAUUGAGUUAAAAAAAGCAAAACCCUUUGCAUGUUUUCUUUUAAUUCAGUUAUGAACUACAUUGUGCUGCUCUACCACAUAAAAUCCCAGUGAAGUAAAACAAAGAAAAGUGAAGGCUGGAGUUAUGAAAUGACAAAUUGUGAAAGUGGGAUGUGAAUACUUUUGCAAGGCACAGAUGAGUAGGAAAUGUGUAGAGAAGUGCCGUCUGUCAGAAACUUUUUCCAACUCUGAAGGCAAGUUGACCAUGUUUAGAGAAGCCUUAGCUCUGCUUUUGGAGGGGUCAGCCAAGAAUUUUAAUGUUCCAGGGAAAUUCUUCCAUCUGGUGUAUGUUACACAGUUGUUUACUGUCCCUCAUGCUCUUUUUACUGAGGCUCCUGCAAACAGAAUUUCCUUUUUUGUGGUUUUAUGGUCACAAAGCUUCGCAUUUUAUGAUUCCAUGAAAAUGUCCAUAUAUUUGUUUGUCAAAUAGUACUGAGAUAAACAUAUAGUGUGUGUAGUCAUCACAUCAUAAUGUGCCGUGAGAGCUAGCUGGGCUCCUGUUCGUACGGCUUAUGUCAAAGGGCUACUGCACCCCUUUUACGGAGAACCUGUGACACUAGCGUUAAUCAGAGACAACUUUCUCUGGCUUUUGUUCUAGAAGAAGUGGGUGUUGCUGAGAAUAUCCUCAACAGUCUUGGAUACAGAAGCACUUUCUCCAAAUUUGGAGAUUUAUUCUUUUUUUUACGUUUAACAAAGGUAUAUCGCCGGAUUGUACAGAGCAAUUUUUAGUGCCUUAUCAAGAGUGACAGGAAUAAAUUGCUCCUUUUAUCUUCCAAUUGUUGUGGCAUUUUCAGUGUGAGUUUGCUGAGACGUUUGCGGAGCAUUUAGAAAAAAUAUAAUCCAGUCUUCCUGAAUAUAACCUAAAGAGUUUUUUUUUCCCUGUUCCAGCUCUGAGCUCCUAUUCUUUAGUGUCACUUUAAGUCAAUGCUGAGGAAAUGAAAAGAUGAAACUGAACUAGAAUAAUAAUCGCAAUGGCUUUAAAUGUAUCAUCACUAAAACUAUAAACAGUCAUGAGGGUGAAAAAUAUCUAAUAUACUGGGACGGUUUGGUCGUGUUCACAACUGCGUGUGUGUGAGUGUGUGUGUCAUCAUUACAGAUCACUGAGAUGUUUGUGGCUGGGUGUGAAAAUUUUUUGCUGUAAAAUAUUUUUGGACUUCUUUAGUCUUGCUCAUUUUUUCAUAAACUGUACCCUCUGUAAGAAAACAUCAGAUUGGAUAAAAUAAGACGCAAAUCAAGAAAGAUCUCCAAUUUGUCCUCAUUCUCUUCCUCUGUAAAAUAAUGUCGCAGUAGUAAAAAAGCUUCCAAAGACUCUGUGCUACAUGCAGUUGCACAAUAUUGUACAUUUUCUACCAAUAAAUCUGCGACUUUUAUCAUUGUACAGAGUGGAAUUGUUGUAUUGAGAUUAUAUCUGUGUACAGCCUGUUUGUUGCUUUUAUUCUUUUUUUUUUCUUUUGAGAAAAUGUUAUUUAGAAUUUAUGAAGAUUGUGAAAUAUGAAUGAUAUGAAAAGUUUCAUGAUUUACAAAGACAAAAAAAAACAAACAAAAAAAAACAUUCUUGCUGUGCAAUAUGAGAACUGUACCGUAACUUUUCCACAUGUGAGCGCAGGAGUCCAGGGGAUUUGAAGAAUGAUUUCUGCAGUCAGAAAAGAAGUGUGAGAGCGAGAGAAAACCCUGGAGGAUGACAGAAGCUAAAACUAGUUUCAGUGUGGCUCAAAAGCCCAGAGGCGAUGGCUUUCAUUUUGAUUUUCACCUGUAAAUUUAUGAGUCUUCACCCUCACCCUGGGAAGAAGCCAGUUCACUCAAUGGACACACUGUAUAACUUUUUGCAAUCUCACACCCUUUUUUUUUUUUCCAUAAGUGGUUGUGUGCCCUGGUCUGAAAUUCAAGGGGGAGGGGAUCACAGAACCCACCAGCGUUUCAAAUAAAACUCAUCAAAUAAAUCCAUAGCCUGCUGCAGAUGUUCAGCACACAUUCAAGUGUUAAUUUUCCAUUUUUUUACAUAUUUGGAUGUUCAUUGUGUAUUCAAUCACUGUGGCUUGUGGCUUCUAUUGCAGUAGGAAAAAAUAAUUCAGCAGUUUGUUGUUUGCCUUGUAUAUAUAUAUAUCUAUAAGACAGUAUAUUAUAUGUAACUCUGAUGCGGUACAUUUUAUAUGUACAUACAUGUGGUAUAGAUACUAUCUGAAUGUCCCCCCCCCCCCUGCUAUUAAUACUUCCUGUACAGUAACACUGGUAUUGAUUUCUGUUUUAAUGCAUUCUUGAUUAUUUGUUCUGAACAAUGAAUCUGGAGUGUUUUUAAUCACUCGCCACCUAUGAAACUGUAAGAUGGACUGCAUUAAGUGGUUACAUUGUAUAAUAACCUCUUCAAAUAAAAUUGACAUGAAAAUA